AUGGUUGACAUAUCUUAAUUGAUUUUUGAUAAAAUUGAAUCCGAACUUGAAGAUUACUCAGUAAGUGUAAGAAUCUAAAAUUCUUCAAGACUUGCAAGAAAGUUUGAAAGAGGAUAUAAAUGCAAGCUAAAAUUUGAUUGCGACGAAUGUUACCGUAAUUGGAAUUCAGCACAAGGAUAAGUAACCAUCUAUUACUAUCUGGAUAAAAGUACAGAAGAACUAGAGUUUAAUGCUGAAACCUAUAGACAGUAAUGCAGUAAAUGCUUGUCUUGGUGUUAGCCGGAAUUAUACAUUAACGAAUUAAAUAGGAUUUCAGAAUAGUUCGCUCACAGCGUAAUCAACAUUUUAUUUGGCAUUAAAAAGAAAUCAAAUGCUAAACCUACAGAAUCUAAAAUGACAAAUCCUCAUUAAAAAGAUAAAUGCGAGGCAUGCAUCCUUGGAAAAUGCAGUGUGCAAAAUGAAAAAGACAAUUUGGAGGAAUUAUUUGGUAACUUGAACUUGGGAUCAUAAAACAGGAAUUAUAUUGAUUCAGAAUCAGAAUCAAACUCGGACUACUCUGAUGAAUACUACUGA